UCCGUCACCUGCUUAUUUCCAAGCGACUUCCAGGAAAAGGAAAACACUGGACCGCCAGGCGCUGAGAGCUAAUGAGUCUGAAGUGAGAACAUCAUCGCACUGUCGUGUUAUUGGUGACUGACUACUUUGUGUGGAAGUUGGGAAGUCUUCUUUUGUCAUGACUCAGAAAAGCAGAAAACUCUCAGUGGGCAGUUCAGUUGUGGACGAGCCCUCCCCUCUUCUCACGAGAAGAGGCAGCGUCAAGAAGUGCAGCCGGAGCCAGAGCCUGAAUUUGGGGAAUGUCGAACAGCAGCAGCAGCAGCAGCUGCAGGGCAGGCGGCUAAUUCAAAGCUUCAGAAUGGGCAACAGGGACCAGGCCACAGCAGGAGAUUGUCUCAGCAGAUCGGAUGUGCUCACCAUCACUCCUAGCUGCAUAAAGUACAUCAAAACCUUCCACAAACUGUUUCCAGAGAUCCCAGCGGAGGAGAGGCUGACGCACACGUUUACCUGUUCCUUGCAGAGGGAGGUCCUGUAUCACGGAAAACUCUUUGUUUCAGAGAACAACGUGUGCUUCUACUCGUCUGUGCUCCUGAAAGAGACCAAGGUGGUGAUUGCUAUUUCCAGUGUGAAGGAGAUAAAGAAACACAACCCAACCCUGUCUAUGCUGUCCGUGCUAACAUCUGGCGGAGAGAAGUAUUUGUUUGCAUCAGUGAGGAACUAUAGUGCCUGUUGCAAACUCCUCCAAAGCCUCUGCUGUCAGCCUCAGGAGAGCAGCCCAAGCAGCAGCCCUUACCUGUCCUCUGCAGAGUUUGAGCAUGAUCCGACCUCCAGCUUCUCCAGUUUAGAGGACAGUUUAGAGAACAACGAUCUCAACCACAGCGUUUCUCCGUUCGACGGUGGAGCUGACGGCACAUGCAAGACCGCGCAGGGAGGCGGUUUCACAAAUGAAAAUGGCAGAGCCGGGUCGUGGAUCUGGAGGUUCCUUGAGAAAGUUACGCUUUUAUUGUUCUUCAGAGAAGUUCUGAGUCUAAGAGUCGUCUUCCAUGUCUUCCUGGUCCUGAUGUUGUUGCUGCUCUUGGUGUCCGGCUACAUCGGGCUGAGGAUCACCGCUCUGGAGGAGCAGCUGAGCUCUCUAGGAGCCCUGACCGAUCUGUUUUCGCACUACGCAGAGUACCAGGAAACAUAAACACCCGGAACAAAGACAUCUCGACAGUAACGCAUACUGACUUUUGUACAUAAUGUAUAUUUAAAUGGAACAUGUAUAAUAUUUCUUUUUUCCAGUAUUGCACACAAAUACUUUUCACAACAGAAAGUAAACUCCUGUUUAAAGUUGAUGUUCUACAGCUAAUCUUAAAGGUACAACUGGAUUCUCUUUACCCAGAAAUACAUAGGAUUCUGUAUCAGGGUUUCUAAAAGUUGCCUCCACAAAUUUCUGUCAUACAACUGCUAAAAUUAACCCCGUACUGCUACCAACCCAAUCCUUGAAAUGUGCGGAAUAUACCUGAGUGUGUAGUAUGACCUUGGCUUCAUUAAGACCCAAAGCGUUUAACGGUGCAUUAUUCACAACAGACAAUGUAGCGGUUCGUUUCCUUUUAUUUAACUGACAGUACAGUUUUGACAGGAGUAACUUAGUGCUGCCCUUCCCCCACUUGUUGCUGUACUGUGGCUAAAAGAUGGUGCUUUUAUUAAGGUGUGUGGUUUUCAAAAAUGCAGCUGGGAAAUUCACAAUAAAUCAGUCGACAGGCAGAUGCCAAAGGUAAUAAAAUCAGUGAGGUACAGUUAAUAGUUAACUUCUAUAACUGCAUAGUCCACUGAGAUUAUUGGUAACUAAACUUAACAGGUCUUUGCUUAAAUCUAUUUAUCAAAAAUAAUGUUAUGCAUAUUAUAACUGUAGAAUUGUUAUUCUAGUGGCUAUGUUUGUUGCACCAAAUAAUAGAUCACAUUCACAUUUAUAUUUGGUGUUUUUUUCUUUCUUUCUUUCUUUAAAGUAAAUGCUAUAAAACUAUAUUAGCUUUACUCAAGUUGGAGGUCUGUGUAGGAAUCCCAAACUGGUGCAUGCCUUUCCAGUCUGCAUGUGAGGAACAACCCAGCGCCAGAAGCUAACAGAACUAUGUGGAGACAACUAGCGCACCUUGGCAGUGAUUUUUGAUGUGUUUUUUUUGGAUCAGCUAUUUUUUUUGCAAAUAUAAGAACAGACUCAGUCUCAUAACUCAGCCGGAAUAUAAACUCGCUAGGUCUUUAUUUUUAAGCCUCACACCCGAUGGUGGUGUUUUUUAUUGUACCUUUCAAGUUGAUGUACUUCAGCCUGUUAAUGACAGCAUCUGACCACCAGAGGGCAGUAAGCCACUACAGAUUUAUUAAACCCGGGGUAGCAAUGGCGUCCGAUUUUUCUUUUGCGACCUUACGUUUACCCCCAAAAAAACAAUACGAAGAAACCAAAACCAUCUUCAGAUUCUUUAAACAUUAAUAAAAAGGGUCAAAUUUUAGGUUUUGAUUUACUGUUGGCAAAUUGUGUUUUUCACAAAUGAAUUUUCUGGCACCAAUUGUAAUCUGUGUAAAAUAUGUGCUCUGACAGUAUAAAUUUAAUGC